UCUCUCUGUCUUGUUAGCUUCGCCCAAUCCCAAAAUCACUUUCACAGAGCUGGUAGUCUCCCUAGUCAGUCCAAGCACCAGCUUAUUUUCAACAAUAUUGCCGUGGCCUUAUCGUCGUCCCUCUUGACUUAGUUUUCGUGAACCGGCGUCUCGGCCGCAAGGGAGAUCGUGAGGAUCAAGGUGGUAGAGAUGCUGAGCAUUGCGCAGUCGUCGGUUCAGGCGGCAGCAGCGGGAAGGCUGCUGCUUUCGCCAGAGUCAACCGCGAGCUGCGAAUGGAGGCGAAAGGCGACAUCGCAAGCCGUCGCACACGUCGCGAUAAACAGAAGUUCGCGACAACCCCUCCGAAUCUUCGCCAUUUCCAGCAACGACUUCCGUGUGGGAACCAGCAUUGAGCUCGACGGCGCGCCGUGGAGAGUGCAAGAGUUUCUGCAUGUGAAGCCCGGCAAGGGGGCGGCGUUCGUGCGCACCAAGCUGCGCAACUUCAUCACGGGGAACACCGUCGAGCGAACCUUCCGAGCCGGCGAGUCGGUGGACGAGGCCAGCGUGGUGAAGGACGUGAAGCAGUUCACGUACCUCGACGGCGAGGACUACGUCUUCAUGGACAUGGUGACGUACGAGGAGACGCGGGUGACCAAGGCGCAACUGGGCGACAGAGUGAAGUUCCUAAAAGAGGGGAUGGAGUGUAACGUGCUGACGUGGAACGACAAGGUGAUCGACCUGGAGCUGCCGAUCACGCUCAAAGUGAAGGUCGUUCAAACGGACCCCGGCGUCAAGGGGGACACGGCGGGAGGAGGUGGGACCAAGCCUGCGAUUAUCGAGACAGGAGCUACAGUGUCGGUGCCACUGUUCAUCGAAGAGGGAGAGGCGAUUACCGUAGACACUCGCACCGGCUCCUACAUGGGCCGAGCCUAAACCUCACUUCGGGACUGUUGAGUUAGCAGUAGCUGAGCAUCAAUAAUGUAGGGAUUUCCGGUUGCACCAGCACUAUGAGCGGGUAUGAGGCUCAUUGGGGCAUAGAAAAACUGAGGCACAACUGCCUGGUGCAAAGCGUCUCGUAAUAUUUAUCAUAAUUGCGUGUUGACACCAAGCCUCCUUAAUACGGUAAGGAAAAUAUCA